CAUGUGGACGCCCAAACGGUGCAGUUGCUGGAGCGGUUAAGCCUGGUGGAUCUGGACAGCGCCGAGGCCCACCGGACGCUCGAGGACGCGAUCGAGUUUGCGUCGCAGAUUCUGUCCGUGGACACCGACGGCGUAGAACCGCUGUACACGGUGCUGGAGCGGGAGCGGUUGACGCUGCGCGAGGACCGCGUGUCCGACGGGAACAUCCAGCAGGAUGUGCUGAGGAAUGCACGUGUUACCGAGGAGGAGAACUUUGUGGCGCCACCGGAAAAUAUUCCACUCGAGCAGGAACCGAGGAAGUGAGCUUUGUAAAGAAAACCUUU